AGUGGGUGGUGGAGUCGCCGUCACCACACCAGUCAGACCACCGUCGACACAGAGUCAGCUGGGAUGAAGCUCGGCACCGGAGAACCAGAGGGAUUGAUCCGGUUCUGAGGCUGAACGCCGUCCUGGUGAUCACGCGGUGAAGCGAUCGGAUUGUUUAAAGGAGAAGAAAAGAAAAGCUGAACAUCGCCAACAUGAUGGAGGAAAUAGACAGAUUCCAGGUACCGAGCGCGGUGCAGGAGGCAGAGAUGCAGUCCGAGAUGCAGCCGCUGGACCCGGCUUCUUCCACUGCCUCGGAGGCAGAGUCCGACACCAGAGAAGGAGAAGCUGUUACUAUCAACUAUAAGCCCUCACCCCUCCAGAUGAAAAUAGAGAAACAAAGAGACCUGGCCAGGAAGGGCUCAUUAAAGAACAACAACACUGUAGGUAGUCCGGUUAACCAGCAGCCCAAGAAGAACAACGUCAUGGCCAGAACACGGUUGGUAGUACCCAAUAAAGGUUAUUCAUCUUUAGACCAGAGCCCAGACGAAAAGCCCCUGGUGGCCUUAGAUACCGACAGUGACGAUGAUUUCGACAUGUCUAGAUACUCGUCGUCUGGAUAUUCUUCUGCAGAGCAAAUCAAUCAGGAUCUGAACAUCCAGCUGCUGAAAGACGGCUACCGCCUCGACGAGAUCCCAGAUGACGAGGACCUGGAUCUGAUCCCGCCCAAAUCAGUCAACCCGACCUGCAUGUGCUGCCAGGCGACCUCCUCUACGACCUGCCAAAUCCAGUAACCCCUCCCUCCCAAAACCGCUGGCCCCCUUGUCCCUCACAAACUUAAACCCGCUGUCUUCAUCCGCUGUGAGUUUACUUCGCCACCAGAGUGGCAAAAUGUGAGGCAUUUAUAGAAUAUUGUCAUGACAGUAAAGUGCUAUGAUGAUUAGGUUAAUAAUCACACUAACAAAUAAAAACUUUGGUACAAAAUCUUGAACAUAGAGGAAAGCAUAUGUAAUGGUAAAAGCAGUAAAGUGGUGGAUUCCUCCUAUGGCAGGAGACACACUUCUGUUUAAGAGCUCCCUCCUCCUGGCGGACGCAAUGUGACCCUAAUAUUAGUUUACAGACACAAAAAAGGUCAGCUGCUGCUGUGAAGUGGUUUCCAUUUCCCUGACUGGCAACAAACAUGAUCAUAACUGCUGACUCAACUGUUCUGCUCUGGUUUGCCUUGUUUUAAUAUAUUUUUUUCCUUUUAUUUUAAUGUACUAACUAUGAGAUCAACGAGCCUGUACCUGGUAACGAGAAAUAUGGGAUGUGGUCUUUUGAAUUCCCCUGGUACUGUAUCCGUUUACUGUGCAAGGUUGCUAUGUAGCACAGGUCAGUUCUUUGAACACUUAAACGCUGCGACAUUUCUGCUUUCUCUGCGACGCUGGAGUGAAAUGUUAAACCACAGAGUUGAUGAAUGAAUGUGUAAACAUGAAUGGCUGUAGUACAAACUGCAUGAAGGCCACCAGAGUGCAAAGUAUGAAGGAAUAUAUAAAAGCACGUAGCUUUUGCCUAUUUAAUUUUCUGUUGUGCAGUCACCUGCUGCUGUUGUGGCACAAGCUUGAUUUUUGAAUUUCUUUCAAUUUGCACUUUUUAUUUGAGAUUUUAUGGGUUCAUAUCACUCUUUCCUGCACCACAAGUGAACGUGACGUAGGGGAGACCGGGUAUGGCUGUAACACUUAUCACACAAUAUCGCUCCCGUCGAAGUUGUAUCUCUCAAUGACCUGUCCAAGGCUGUUGAAGAAAGGUUCCACAUUUUGGCGGUUAAAACUUGUGGCCCGUGUAAGGCUGGUUGCCUCAGGACUCCUUAUUGACAGGUUAGGGUUCCGCUUCAUAAAUAAUGUGAACCAGUCAGGCCCUGCCAUCUGCUUCUCAUCCCAUGUUUGUGGGUGUUUGAUGUUAUAUGUUACUGCCAGUUGAUAUGCAAACUUUCUGACCUAAAAGAAAGAGGAAUAGAAAAUCAGAGUACAUAGACACAAAAAGUUUUUUCAAUUUAUCUAGCACCUACGCUGGUAUUCGAUUCUUCUCUUGUCUCCAGUGACUAACCUGUCAUAUGCUUACCUCACGUGAAGUCAGUCCAUAAUACAGGUCUGCUGCCUGAGUCAAAUAGUCAGCCAACACUUCCUCCUGCACCUCAGAGAAGACUUUGUUGCUGCUCCAAUAACCUACACUGGGAAGAUCACUGGACCCCUGUUCUCUCAGCUUCUGCAGUGAUUUGCAGUAUCUGCUCAGUGUUACAUGGCAGAUCCCAUGCGCCUUCGCAACUGAUCUGACUGACUUGCUCUUCUUUGUGACCUCAUCAGAUGCCUUUUUUAAAACAUCUGCAGGCACACCUCUAUCAGUCUUUCGUAUCCACUGCCUAGGCCUUCUGUAAAAUUAUUAAAAUCAAAAUGUUCUUAGUUGUAUGUAAGGGGAAGGUUGUAACACUUUUUAAAGAUGUGUUGCAACCCACCCCAACCCUGUCAGCCAUGUUUAGCUGGCUGUAGUAGCAUAGCGGUUUGAAAUUAGCACGGGAAAAUGCAUCACAUUUUGCCUGAGAAAUUACACGUUCAUCUAAUGUAAGUCAUAUGGUUUUAUCUGCAACAGUAUAAGUACUAAACAAAAAUAUAGUCAUGGUCAAAAAAUUUACUUUCUUACCUCAAAAUCCGUUUUUCUCCUUAGUAUCUGCAUGUGCCUGUUUCCAGCCUUGACAAUCACAAUAUGGGAUUGGGGAGGAAGCGGGUAAACACUGAAAUGAUCAUGUGACUCCUAUCUUAUCCCUGAUUGGUGGAACUGGUGGUGUGACAACUCUCCCCAUGUUACAACCAUACCCGGUCUACCUGAAAUGAUCUGUUUUUGUAAAUUGCUCAGAUUUCUACUGUGCCUUGCAAGAUUAUUUACUCCUCUUGGACUUGAGCACAUUUUGUUGUCAGAUGUAACUGUGCUUUAUUGGAAUUUAAUGUAAAGCACCAACACAAAGUAGAUCAUAAUUGUGAAGGAGAAGGAAAAGGAUACAUGGUUUUCAUAAUUUCUGACAAAUAAUGUCAAGAAUGUGGUAUACAUGCAGUAAUAUUUUUACAAUUACAGCUGAAAAUCUUCUGCUUUAUGUCUAGCAGCUGUAACAUCAACUGAUUCUUGCAUUUGAGUCGUGGAUUCUUGCAGCUCCUCUUGAUGUACCAAGGGACUUGAUCCCUGUCCCUUUAAAUAAAUCUGUUGUUGUCCAGUCUGUCAGUUUAGGUCUACAGAUGGUAAAUGGUAAAAACUUCUUUUCUUACCAAACUCUGCUGUAACCUUUUCCACAAAUUGAUCCCUGACUGUUCCCGGUAUGUUCCUUGAUUUUCAAGAUACUAAUGACACUAAUGUUGUUUUAGCAAACCGUUGAAAUUUUCACAGAGCGGUACUACGCACACAGGCGGAUACCGGUUACUCUUUGCACCGGUUUUUAUUAAAAUGCACGCCACUAUUUUAAGAAACAUGGAUUAUUUUCCUUCCACUUCACAAAAAUAUAAUACUUUGUGUUGAUCUACCGCAUUAAAAUCAAGUAAUAUAUGUUAAUAUUCGUGGUUAUUUUAUUUUUUUUAAAAAGAAAAGUAAAAAUGGAGCAUAAAUACUUUUGCAAGGUACACUAUGAAGGCCAAAGGAACAAAAGUCCAGAUAGAUUUUCCGUACUCGGUUUGUGGCGUUAGAGCUUCUCGUUUAUCUCUCGUGUCACAGAGUGUGACAAACGCUAGACGCUGCUAAUCAUUAAGGAAAACACAAGUCCAGUUUAGAAGGACGCUCCCUGUUCUCUCACACACGCAUGCAUCCAUACCUACAAUCCCAGAACAUUAGGUGAAACAACUUCAAACCUUCCUUUGACCUAUAGGGUAGAAACCAUUUUGUUAUCCCAUCAUCAAGGACAUCACCGACUUGGAGCACCAGAAUCCCUCAUUUACAACCCACUCCCUUCUCUGAUUCAGUUGCUUAAUGCAAUUACAUUAUGCCUUAAGGACAGAGAAGUUUAAAAAGCUGUGCAUAUAUUUAUUGCAAUUAUCUUUAGUUGAUUUGAGGAAGGAAGAUGUUUUUAACAUGUAGAUUUUUUCUUGAGUUUCUUCUUUUUUAAAUGACUUUUAUGUAUUGUACACAGUUCCAUUACAGUAUUUACCAAUGUUAUUGUCAUGUGCAGUGUAUGAAGGUGACUAAUAAACAAAAAGCAAAUGGAAAACUGUCUGCUCAGAGUUAUAGUUUGACCAGCUCUCUUAACUCAUGCCUAUAAAUGUGUGUACGAUAAGGAAAAAAUGAGUCACAGGUAAAUAUUUAAAAGGAAAUAAAAAGCUAUUUUAAUGAUAAAGUUGAGGAUUAAUUAUUACACAGUGGUGUGUAUUGCAAUAGCAUGAGGUUUGGACGGACAGUUCCUGGUUACAGUAGAAAAAAAGGGUUUCCACCAGAAAGGCACCAGCAUCUAAUCAGCUAUGCGACAAAAGAAAAACAGGAAUUCACUCAGCAAACAUAUGUAAUGUGUGGGAACAAAUAUAAAAAUUAAGCUAAGGAAAGUAGUGAUUUAAUAAGACCUCUCACUUUGUUAGUAGUAAUAUUAUAAAAGAUAACCAGACAAGCAAAAAGAAACACAUGCUACAUGAUGGAAUACAAUCGCUCUCAACAAA